CAUCCUAGCUUUAGUAAAGUGUUCUGCCUAUAUUCGCAUAAAAUAUUCGAUAGAAAUGACCCAAACUUGUGCUAAGUGACUACUGCUAUCGAAUUUAGAGAACCCAAUAAGAGUGAACCGGUACUGGAAGAAAGAAAGACAUGUCGCCGCUUCUAGGGGCGCUAAUGCGAUGGCGCCGCGAAGCGGUGGAGUCAUCCUUGACAGAAGAUGCCGGCCCUGGAAGCACCGAGCCCACGCCGGAGCCGCAGUCGUCUCUAACAUCGACUGCAACGCCCGGCGCAGAGUUCGUAGAGGGGGUUAAAGAAAUAGCCCAAAAGCUGGAUUUGCAAAACUGGCAGUUGGUUGCUAUUCUUGUUGGAGUUGGCGUAGUGGUGCUAGGAGUGUGCUUCUGCUGCAUCAGACGAUGUUUCCGAAAGCGGCGCUCCAAGGAUGGCAAGAAGGGAAUGAAAGGAGUCGACCUCAAGUCCGUCCAACUCCUAGGAUCAGCGUACAAGGAAAAGGUUCAGCCGGACAUGGAAGAGCUGACUGAGAACGCGGAGGAACCAGAUGACGGUGAUUCUAAAAAGGAGGAGCAGAAACUAGGCAAACUACAGUAUAAGCUGGAAUACGAUUUUAAUAGCAACAGUCUGUCGGUUACUGUGAUUCAAGCGGAGGAACUGCCCGCCUUGGACAUGGGCGGUACAUCUGACCCUUACGUGAAAGUUUACCUACUACCAGAUAAGAAAAAGAAAUUCGAGACUAAAGUACAUCGGAAAACUUUGAGUCCCAUUUUUAAUGAGACUUUUGUUUUCAAGAACGUACCAUAUGCCGACGCAAUGAACAAAACACUGGUGUUCGCGAUUUUCGACUUCGAUCGAUUCUCCAAACAUGACCAGAUAGGGGAGGUGAAGGUACCGCUCUGUCAGGUAGACCUGGCACAAACCAUCGAGGAAUGGCGUGAACUACAGAGUGUUGAAGGAGAAGGGGGGCAGGACAACAAGUUGGGAGAUAUAUGUUUCUCAUUGCGUUAUGUACCAACGGCCGGAAAACUCACAGUUGUUAUUUUGGAAGCCAAGAACUUGAAGAAAAUGGACGUCGGUGGCCUAUCAGAUCCGUACGUAAAGAUAGCACUCAUGCAAAAUGGUAAACGCCUCAAGAAGAAGAAAACGAGUAUCAAGAAAUGCACACUGAAUCCCUAUUACAACGAGUCAUUUACUUUUGAAGUACCAUUCGAACAAAUACAGAAAGUAAAUCUAGUGGUAACGGUGGUGGACUACGAUCGCAUCGGUACAUCGGAGCCGAUUGGUAAGGUGGUGCUGGGCUACAACGCUUCAGGCACAGAGCUUCGUCACUGGUCCGACAUGCUUGCCAGCCCUCGGCGUCCGAUCGCACAAUGGCAUACUCUCAAAGACCCCGACGAUGGAGAAAAGAAGGAUUAAAUUACAUAAACCUGAGAAUAUGAUUACUUCAAGUGCGAGUGGGAAGAAUACCUACGCGAAUUGUUUUACUGGAGUUAUUCAAGUUUAUUUAUGACUGAAAAUUAAGCGUAUCCGCUAAAUAAAAUAAAAAGCGUGUUCUUUUACAUAGGUAUGCUUUAUAAGUGUUAAUUCAAAAUGCUAUACAUAAUUUACUAUAUUUGACUUCUAAUCAAUGUGGUAUCUAUGUGGUAAAAUAAUUAUUUUGGAAAAUCGACACAAUAUAUAAAAGUAAUUUACCUAAUUGUUCUCCUAAUGUUAUUUCAUUUUAAACAAUAUCGUAAUUUGACAUAAUUUGCCGUUACAUUUUUCAUUGUAUUCUUAAUACUGUAUGUAAUAAUUCUUAAUACUCGUGUCUUUGGUAAUCAUAGAAAUUUCGAAAACAAUCGAAAGCUUAUGGUAUUUUCAACUGUUGUUAUAUUGUUUAGUACUCCCAAAAUCGUAAAAUUCCAAUUUUACUAUAGGUACAAUACUUAGUGCUACAUGUACCUACUCAGUUCUUAAAGAUUUCAGUAUAUUCCUAAUUUAAAAUUGUUUCGUUGUAAGUACCCAAAUACCCAUUAUUUAAAGUUCGCUUGAAUUGUGUAUGAAAAUAUAAAUAUCAUUUACAUAAAAAAAUAACUACGCUAUGUAAAUAAGUUGAAUCCUGUUAACUUUAUUACAUUCUAUUUUACUAUCUUGUAAGUGUUAUAAUAUUGAUACCCUUUUAUUAUUAUAAUAAAAAUGGUUCCUCUGUAGAAGAGAAGUUAUAUAUUAAAUAAUUAUGAAGUUAUAUUUAGAAAAUUCCAUUGUCUUUACAAACAGCAUACUAUUUUUACGCGAAAUAUUGAAAUUCUCUUCUUAUGAGGAACAAUUAUAGGCCUAUCGUAUAGGUACCUAAUCUUUAUUAUUUUAAGACAUGACAUUUUUACGUGUGUUAAUUAAUAGUAUCUUCAGUAUCCAUUAUUUAACAGAAAAAAAUAUAUAAUUUGUAUAAAAGUUAGUUGAUACGUAUUUAUUUUUAGGAAGUGUUCUAAUAAUAUUGUUUUUAACAAAAAAUUUAAGUGGUGUCACAGAAACUAGUCAAAGUAUAACAUCAUACUAUAUACAUAUUAAUGUAUAAUAUAUACCUAAUUAUAAAUUCGCUAAUGAAGCUAUAAAAACUCUAUAUAUAUAUAUAUAUAUAUAUGGCGUUAUAACAUCGAUUAAUUGUCGUUUAUUGAAACAAUUCAGCGCCAAAAAAUUUGGUAUAUCUACACGAAAUUACCUAUUUAUAAAAGAAUGAUCUAUCUAUAUUAUACUUACAUAAUUAGCUAAAGCUUGACUGUUGUUGAUCUCAAACCUAUGUGUUAUUGUGUAUAUAAUGUAAUCACAUGUUAAACUUCACGGUCACGUAUAUCUACUUAUAUAGGAGUAAAGGAGUCGGGCUUCAAGUACAUUUAGAAGUGCACCAACACGAAACAAGUAGGGAUAGCCUUGUGGUUCAAGUACUGUAUUUAACAAUAAAUAUAUUUACGGUAAUAUAAAUAUAGAUUUAACUUUGGUUUGCAACAGAUUCAUUGCCAGUACCGGUAAAUAUAUAUUUUUUAAUAUAUUAUAAUAUAUACACUGUAUUAUGCAAAUAUAAGUCUACCUAAUACUUACUUUUAAUGUUCCAUCACUUUCGUUUCAUAAACGAAUACUGACGUUUUUUUGAACAAGAUGUCGUAUUUUUCCAAGUACACACCAUGACUUACUAAGCUGCUGUGAAUCUGUUGAAACAUCUUUCAAGUACCUACUAUAUAAUCUCAGGCCGCCACCAAUCAUGCGGUCGGGCCUCGGUAGAAUUGACAAUAUAGAUAUUCCAAAUGCUAUUUAAUAACAUUUUGUAUAAUCUUAAGACGAAAAGCCACGAAAUAUGUAUAUGUGAAUAAUCGCUAGAAUAUUAGAAAAAAAAAUCAAUAACUCGAUUUGUGUAAUUAUUUGUAGAAGUGGGCUACAUUAUUACGACCAACAAUGCUAGCCUUGCUAAUCUAAUGUGCUUAACAUUUCUUUAUUACCAGUACGUAUUCUAAACUAUUAUAUCAGCAUUUAAACUAUCGAAAUCACUAAUAAAUUAAAAUAAUGUACUCACAUCAUUAUCCCCAGAGGGAUAUUUACAAUACUAUCACAUAAUAAGUGGAUAACAAUGUGCAGCCUUAGUGAGUGGCCAUAAAAGAAAACAAAUAAACUUUGAUGUUUAGGUAGUCACUUUAUAUUCACAAUUUAUCUAGAAUAAAAGUGAUAAAAUAAGUACCUACUUAUUCAGUUAUAACAGUCAGUUAUAUCAUUCUUGAACAGUUCUAGUGACACUAUGAUACAGUGUAGGACAUGAGGAUAAGAAGAUCCAAAAUAAAUUUUCAAUAAGAAGUAUCUAAAAUUAUCUAAACAUGACUAUGUUGACUUCAUGCCAAACACUUCUUAAAACAACCACUUCCAUAAAAGCAAAGAAUUUGGAUGAUUGCCCAAAAUAUAAGCAUUCAAUUUGAUUAAAAAAUAUGGUGAUUACAGAUAGCUCUAUUCAUAAAUUGAGAUUCUUCUAUCAUCACUACCAUAUUAAAUUCUUCCAAUGUGGUUCAUAUAAGAGUUCAGCAAUAAUCAAAUAUAGUUUUACACUCUUAUAUCUGAACAAAUAAUUUAGGUAAAGGUAAGAUAUUAUUACAUGUAUAUUAAUGUUUAAGAAAAUAUUUUUAUUUUCAAAAUAUAUAAAAAUAUGUAUGUAAAAUUUUGCAUUUCAGUAACAUACUAACCACAAUUAAAAUUGAGAUACUGCUUUGUUAGUGAUUUCUGAUAGGUGCUGCAGUGUCAUAGCCAUCCUGCUAUACUUAAAAUGGCCCAAGUAAAUCAUAAUAAUUGUAAUGUACUUUUGACAGGAUGUAUAAUCCUGAAUUAAGUCACUUUUGGCUGAACCUACAACAUUAGGUUGAUGACAGUUCAUU